AUGUCUAUUUAUUUCUAUAAAUGUGUAACGCUAUGGAUGUUGUACUUACUUGUAUUAAUACAUACAAGAAAACCGAGUGGCAAGCGGCAGCAGGUUGUCUGGCGUCUCGAAUGCGAGUUAGGCAUCAUUGCUGACCCUGACUGUCCUGUAGAUGGAGGGUGGUCACCUUGGACCCCCUGGUCGGCUUGUCAGGGGUCAUGUGACGACGUGGGACACCGGCGCAGAAGUAGAGAAUGCAUAAACCCACCGCCUUCUCAGGACGGGGUGCCGUGCGUCGGAUCCGAUGAGGAAUCUGACGUCUGCUACCUCACUAAUUGUACCGUUAAUGAUUUUCGUAAAUUGGUCAAAGGGGACGCUGCUCGAAUGGAAGCCCUUAAUCAACUAGAAGCUGUACCAGCUCUAAUGGAACGUUGCCUACAAAUGGAUUGCCCCUUUGAGGCUGUCGAAGCUGCCUUAGCUUAUGAUAACACCUGGCAACUGAAUACUGAAUCACUGUGGAAUUCAUUACAGUGUGUCAAACGUAACCUGGGAUGUCCUAUUGCCGGAGAGUGGGGUAUGUGGGGUGCGUGGUCUUCAUGUGGAGCCAGAUGUGGACUGGGGUUAAAAUGGAGACUACGGCGAUGCGACACCCCGGCACCUUCAGAUGCACGACUUGCUUGCGCCGGCCCGCCUCUUCUAGCUGAUACCUGUAUUGGCGACCAAUGCGCUAUUACUAGCAAAGACUCUGGGGGAAGUUGGGGAGACUGGAGCCUGUGGUCUCCAUGCUCCGAGAAAUGUGGAGCGGGAGUCAGAAGGCGGAGGAGGGUCUGCCACGAAACCGAAACACCGCCUACCUCUGGAACAUGGGGGACACACUGUCGUGGACAACAUGACCAAUUGGAAGUUUGUGAAAAUAGUAUGUGUUCACUAGACGGAGGAUGGUCUGGCUGGGGUAGUUGGGGACCUUGUUCGCAAUCCUGCGGAGCUGGAAGGCGAUCAAGAACGAGAACUUGUACCCGACCAAUCCCUCAAGGAGCUGGGAAGGCUUGCGUUGGACCGAGAACUGAAGUCGGAUCUUGUCAUCUGUAUCCUUGUGAAACUCUUUCUCACAUGGUUUCCACUUUCCAUGGCGAAUCGUCUCUCCACUACAACUUCGAAAAUAAACGAGCAACGCUUUAUCAUUUCUUUAUGAGGUUUAUGCCGUUGUCGCCACAUGGCACGCUCGUUCGUAGAGAGGCGGGGCAGAAUUCAUAUGUUCGACUGAGUCUACAAAAAUGGCAUGUUUGUAUUGAUGCAUGUGGCUCUAGCAAAUCUUGUUGUAUUCCCAGAAGCUGUUCUCAUGAAAGCCUGGAACCAGCAGUCUGGCACUCUGCUCUCAUGACUGUUACAGGCGAAUCAGCUAUACUAAGAUUAGAUGACUCUGAUGCACCUUUAAAAAUUUCAUGGCCAUGCGACCCAGAGUUACCUGAUGAUAAAAUGAAAAUUUUUGUCGGUGAAAGGUAUCACGGACAAAUUCAAGAGCUUAUUUUAAAUUUCAUUCCCUUGAGUAUGAUAAUAAAUCGAAAUCAGAGAUCUAGAAAAAUUGAUUUCUAUCCAAUUGCGGCCUCGAACAUCGCGUAUGAAAAAGCCAGCACAGAAGAAGCAUAUUUACCUGUUAAUAAUGAACAGUACCUACGUUUACCUUGCUUCCUAGAUCAAGAUACUUGGAGAUUAGAGCUUACAUUGAAACCUAAGAAGGAAGCGGGAACUAUCUUGUUCCUAAAAAAUGAUAGAAAUACAAAUUGGUUGCAUUUAUACAUACAGAAUAUGCGUGUUAAGAUGAAGUUGGCGCUUGACAAAUUCCGAUCAGAAAGCAGUAGUACAACAGAGUAUUUGCCUGACCAAUGGCUGGAUGUAAUCGUUUCCAAGAAGCUGGACACAAACGCGAUUGAAGCAUCAAUAAAUGCUGGAGAACGUUUGCAUGUUUUGUUUGAAAACGAAAUGGCUAGAAGACGAAGAGAUUCCAUUGACAAUGAGUUUGUUACUGAUACAUUGAUAACAAAGCCUCAGGCAAAGGUUAAAACCACUAUAACGUAUAAAACUGGAAGUGUAGUUGUAGAAAAACCAGCACCAGUUGAUUUGUGUACUGAUGAGUUUUACAUUGGCGGGGUACCAAAUAAAAUAAAGAAAGAAGUUGAAGAGGAGUUUGCACACUUUUCCGGAGAAAUAGCAUCUAUCAGGGAGAACGGCGUACUCCUAGAUUUACAUGAGUACAGUAUGGAAAAGUACAAAGAUGACAAGGUUCAGGUCUCAGCAAGAACUGCAAGUGUCUCUGGAUCUUACCAUGAAACUGCUUGGGGUAAGUCUAACCGUCUGAACCUAACAUGCCUGCACGCAAGGACGGCCAGGUCUCCGCACGAGGCCAGUUGGCUAUUCUUAGAUACUGCCGUUAGCGCUAUUUUAAAGGAUAAAACAGUGAGAUCAAUUGACGACGGUCGAGUCCUCCGGCUUGUAGCAUCAGCAGACAAUGACUUAAGAGGGUUCUACACAUGUCGUGCGCAUAGUAACAGGCGUACUCAAAACAUCGUAACGUAUGGUGUUUUAGGUAAGAUACAAUAUAAACUGACCGGUCCUGAUACGACUACGGCUAUCGCUGUUGUGACUACUCUUAUCCUUGUAUUGAGCACACUGACGUGGCUUGCUAUCGAGUGUGUCCAUGACGUUCGUAAUGGGUAUGGCUUCUUUAGAGAUGCACAUUUAUCUCCCAAGGAAGAAGCCGAAGCGGUGUGUAAGUAUAUUGAUCAAAAUAUUCAUUUGCUUGCUUCGAAGAGCGAUGCUAAGAUAGCUAAAGCUCGGGCUAGAAAAAGAGGAAGGCAUUUAGCUAGCCGGUCUAAUUUUGCCGCUCAGGAACCACAAGGUCUGAUGCAGGAAAACAUGCAGCCGGAGCAAAGUGAGAACACGCUGAGUGAGCCGGAGGGAUUACCUGCGUUGCCUGAGGUGAGGAGUUCUGCCGUUGAGCCUGGUCACGACGUGUACAGACUAGAACCCUGUUACGUCAGCUCACCUCGUCACGGUUCAGAUUAUUCACCAAAAGCCAGAGUGACGUCGACAUCGUCUUUCGAUUUGGUAUCGCCCAGAGUGCUUUGUUCCCGCCUCAUGAUGACCAAACGCACGAGGUCCAAAGAAACCGUCGUGUCGAAGAAGAAAUCUGCUCGUUCUACGCUGACGUCACUGCGUAGGACCCAGGAUAGUCUAGUGUCAAUGAAGUCUUCAGCUUUGAUUAGUUACACUCCAGCACAGAAGAUAUUGCAAAAGUUCCAGCAGCUUAAAGGUGACGAUUAUUAG